AUGGCUCAAGAACUCAAAGCAAAGGGCAACGAGCUCUUUAAAUCCGGAGAUUACAGCGGUGCCGAAGACUUCUAUUCCCAAGCAAUCCAAAAGAACCCCAAAGAUGCAACCUUCUUCACAAACCGCGCGAUAACGCGAAGCAAGCUCGCCAAGUGGGCCGACGUCGAACGUGACGCCCGCGCCGCAAUCGAAAUCUACGGUCUAAAGAACCCCGCCGCCCUAAAAAGCCACUACUACCUCGCUCAGGCCCUUUUAAGCCUACAGCGCCCACAGGAAGCAUACGACGUCGCGUCCGACGCGUACCAACAGAGUCUCGCAGCGAAGAGUCCUCAGACGGAGAACCUGUCGCAGACCGUAUUGCGCGCAAAGCAGCAGAUCUGGGCUGCGCGGGAGACAUCCCGGUUGCGCGAGCUGAAUGAAACUCUGGGCUCUGUCGAGGCGCUCGUUGAGGCUGAUGUGACGCGUGCGCUGGCAGAAUUGCAGGGUCGUCUAGAGCGAGGGGAGAUUGGGGAGAUUGGGUUUGGGGAGGAUCAGAAAGCGUUGCGGGAGGAUGCGGAGAACAAGAUUAGGAAUUUGAGGGAGGCAUUUCGAGUUGCUUCUAACGGCGAGGUUCAGGAAAGGGUUGUUCCUGACUAUCUCAUUGAUGGGAUCACAUUUGAGAUCAUGCAUGAUCCGGUUAUGACACCGUCGGGGGUUAGUUUCGAUCGCUUGGGCAUCACCAAGUAUGUUGAGAAGUCGGGCGUCGACCCCUUAACUCGGGCUCCUAUCAGUGUUCAUGAUCUGCGGAACAACUAUGCUCUCAAGGCAGCCUGUGAGGAGUUCCUCACUAACAAUGGAUGGGCGGUGGAUUGGUGA